CGGUGGCAUCAUAGUAUGGGCAACGCUCUCUGGCACACUGACUCGACCUACCAUCAACAACGCUCAAAGUAUUCUCUCCUGCUCAGUCAUGGUAAUGCCGUCACUGGAGGAUGCUACACUCACUUUGCGGACACCCGUCGCGCAUAUUCAGAUCUGCCGCAAGACCUGAAAGACGAGCUAGAAGAUCUAGUAGUCGAGCACGAUCUGUGGCACUCGCGCAAACUUGCAAGUCCGAUCAUCUAUAGCGACCCCACGGAGCGAGAGAAGUCAUUGAAGCCUCCUUCGUAUCAUCGCCUUGUGCAGAUCGCACCGGAUGGACGGAAGACUCUUUUUCUCGCUGCUCACGCAAAACGCAUCGUCGGUCACUCCUUCGAAGACAGUCAAGAACUGAUUUGGCGCCUGAUCGAUCACUGCACCCAAGCAAAGUACGUCUUCAGCAUGGAAUGGCUCUCAGGUGGAGAUAUGGUUUGGUGGGACAACAGACAGUCUAUGCAUCGCUCGAAUCCUUACCUAGAGGGCAUGUCGGCAAGAGAUGUAAGACGUUCGACUGUGAUAGAUGAUGGUCCAUUUGCGUUCGGUGUUAAGCCUUGA